UAAUCAUACGGAAAUUACAAAUAAGGAAGUAUUGAAGAAUUAUAGAUAUGACAGUUACAGAUCAGAUAUUAAACCUACAACCAUGACCAGUAUGAAAAUCAUCAUACCUGUAUAUUUAUUUGGAGUGAUCUCCCUUACGUUGCUUCACACUGCUUCUUCAAUAGAAUGUCCACAGUUUUGCACUUGUAACAAAAUAACAUGUGAAGCUAAAUGCCAGAAUAGGUUAUACGCCGGUAUCCCAGCUUUCCCAAAUUAUAUCACUAGUCUUACCUAUACCGGUAUGAAUUUACCUGAGGUAAAAAAGAGAACAUUUAACCUAAUUAAAGAUUUAGAAUUGCAAGUUCUUAUUCUGAGACAUAAUCGUAUAGAAAAUAUUACAGCUAAUGCACUUAGUGAAUUAAAACAUCUGCGACAUCUCGAUUUAAGUGGAAAUGGUCAAAUGAAUUUUACACAGUUAGCAAAAUGCCUUCGGAAUAUUGAAUCGCCUAAUAUAACGAUUUUAAAACUUAAUUCAUUUGGUUGGAAAAGUGAACCGAUAAGCAUUUAUGAAACAAUUUCAAAGUACAACAUCACUGAAUUGCAAAUGUCCCGAAAUUAUUUCAAAUCUUUGAAUAUGAGCGCACUUGAACAGUACGUCCCAAACUUGACCUCAUUAAAUGUGGCGUAUAAUGAUAUAGAGCAUAUAAUACCAGGUCAGUUAAGGAAACUUGAGAUUUGGAGAAUCCACCACAAUUAUGUUGAUGUAAAUUACACAUUAUUCAAUUCUACUGGAACCUGUAACUUUCCAAGUUUGAAAGUUUUGAAUUUGACCUCAAAUUUUGUCAAUCAUUUUGAAAAUCGUUUUUCUUGCCUCGACAAACUAGAAGUAUUGGUCCUAGACAGAAAUCCCGUCAAGCAAAUUCUAAAAGACACAUUUUCCGAUCUGCCGUCAUUGCAAGUUCUACAUCUGAAUCAUUUGGGUGAUCGUUUGUAUAAUAUAGAAGCGUUUCCAUUCCGAAGUCAGACAUUAAAGGAAUUGUCAUUUUCAAGGAAUCAUUUUGCUUUUUUGAAAUCUGCAAGGUAUUUAUACUUUAACAGUACUCUAAUAUUUAGCGGAAUUCCCAAACUUGAAGCAAUAGACCUCAGUGACAAUUACUUUAAUCUUACCGAUUGUGUUCUUAAAGAAAUGAUAUCAAAUCUGACAAAUUUAAAACGAAUAACGAUAAAAUCGUGUAAAUUUCAAACCAUUCCAACUGAUAUCUUUAGCAAAAUGAAAAGACUUGAAGUGUUAAACUUGACUAAAAAUCACAUUGGAUCAUGGAAUGGAACAGAAGUUUUCGGUAGCAUAUCAUCACUAAAGACAUUGCGUUUGGACUUUAAUUAUAUAAAUGUAUUCAACGACACAUCGUUUCCAGAGUCCUUCAUGGCAAAUCUUAGGUCUAUAGAUUUGGCGGGAAAUCCUUUUUUCUGCAGCUGUAAGAACCUAUGGUUUCGUAAGUGGAUUCAUUCUUGGCGAUUGAAAAGACCACAUAUAUUUAAAGGAUAUCCAGCAAAUUACCUUUGUAUCAAUCCGCCAGAACUACAUAAUACCGAAUUGAAAGAUUAUUUUCCGUCCGACGACGAGUGUUACCCGGAAAAAAUGAACGCAGCAUUGCAGUCAUUUAUAGUGUUAUCACUGGUAGGCAUCUUCAGUGUUAUAUUGGUUAGUUUAAUUUAUAAAGGUAGAUGGCAUAUUAGAUACUGGAUCUACCUACAGCGGGUCAAACAAAGAGGGUACAUUUCACUUAACAGUGGCGACAGUUCCCUGUAUUCUGGAUUCGUAGUAUACAGUGACGAAGAUAGACAUUGGGUCUUUUCCAAGUUUCUUAAAAUAGUGGAGGAAGAAAACGAUCAAACAUUAUGUAUUCAUCAUCGCGAUUUUGAAGUAGGGAAGCUCAUUGUCGACAAUAUUGCCGACUGUAUUGCACAAAGUAGAAAAAUUAUAUUAGUAUUAUCUCGUACCAUGAUGACGAGCGAUUGGUGCUUAUUUGAAACAAGACUUGCGCAGAGAAAGUUUUUAAAUGAUGAUAAUGGAUCUCUAAUAAUCAUUAUGCUUGAAAAUAUUCAAAAGAAAGAUAUGCCACAUUCCUUACGUGACUUAGUUGAUUUGACAACGUACAUCACGUGGUCGGAAGAACCUGACGUACAAGAAAAAUUUUGGACAAAUGUUCUUAAAUCUAUCAAAGGAGGAAAUGAAUGAUUUUCUGUUAUCAAGAAAUAGGAAGGACAUUUGUAGACUUUUUAUAGACUAUAUAAUUCUAUUCACAUGCACAAUGGUCAUAUAUGUAUAGAAAUUGUGUUCUUUUAAAUGUAUGACACACAUGUAACUGAGAGUGAGAAAGAGAGAAAGAGAGAUUUUUAUUUAUUGUAUAUACAUAUGUACCAAUAAUCUGUCAGAUAUAUGUUCCCAUUUGCUUUAAAGCAAAGAUGUUGCAUUGCUAUUCCUAAGUUCUACAAGAUAUCCUAAAAAUAAAUUGUUUCUGUCUUUCAUUUUUGACAAUUAUGUUUGCUUAUAUUUUGUGUUUCUAUACUCAGAAAUCCUUGACGAGAACCGUACCAAACGUAUGACAAUCCAAGGCCGAGAUAAACCAAAUAGACGAAGAUUAAUUUACAUGCAGUGACAAUGACAUGUACAUAAGCAACAGACAACAAUGAGUCUGAAGCUUGUAAUAGUCUACCUCCCGUAAAACCCGUUGUUGAAUCAGACGUUUGGGAAGGGUAAUGAUAUCAUAUGGCACUUGUUGCAUUGUUUAUCACUAAAUCUUGUAGUUGGUCACGAUUUAAGUCAGAUAUUUAGAUCGUCUAGACUCCAUCCUCGAUCCAUAUGAUAUAGAACUGUUUUAGCCGUCUGGCAGAAACAAAUAGCAUAAGUGGGUAUUUUUUUAUAUUUAACAUGUACUAUGUAGAACGAUGUUCUAUAGACUUAACAUAUGUUAACCAAAAAUGUUAAGACUUUAAACCGUGCUUGACCAAAAAUGUCCAUAAGAUGUAUUAGGGUAGGCAUGCAAUUUGUUUUUGUUAAAAAAAAAACCACCGAAAACAGGAUUCAUACUUAUAUGAACAUAUUGUAGAUUUUUAUUGCAAGAGUGUGUGUGUUUCGUUGGAAACAUUUAAUGAUUUCAUCGCUCAGUGUGAAUCUGGUCAUAAUGUGGAUCUUUCAUACAUAUAGUUGUCUGUCUAGCAUGUAAGCUGUUACACUGUAAAAGACAGAAAUCUUAUAGUUAAUACCACCAACGAAUAUACAAUUUAUAACGUUGUUUUACUAUAUUUUAUUAUUUUCAUUUUUCCUGUUAUAUUAUCCUUUUGGUAUAAUUUACCAGUGUUUAUAUUAUAACCAAGUUUAGGGAAUUGUCAAUACAUGCUUUUUCUUUUC